AUGCUAGACAACACCACCACUUCGACUGCUCCAUCUCCUUCCUCUGAUCCUUUCACAAAUUCCUUAGAUAAUGGGGUCACCAAUAAAAGAAAAAGAAAACCCGCAGGCACACCAGAUCCAGAUGCAGAGGUUGUGUCUCUAUCACCCAGGACCUUACUAGAAUCAGACAGAUAUGUUUGUGAGAUCUGCAAUCAAGGGUUUCAAAGAGACCAGAACCUGCAAAUGCAUAGGAGAAGGCACAAGGUACCGUGGAAGCUACUGAAAAGGGAGACACAAGAAGUGAAGAAGAGAGUUUAUGUAUGCCCAGAACCAAGCUGCUUACACCAUGACCCUUGCCAUGCUUUAGGAGAUCUUGUUGGCAUAAAGAAGCACUUUAGAAGGAAGCAUAGUAAUCACAAGCAGUGGGUUUGUGAGAAGUGCUCCAAAGGUUAUGCUGUUCAGUCUGAUUACAAAGCUCACCUCAAGACUUGUGGUACAAGAGGUCAUUCUUGUGACUGUGGCCGUGUCUUUUCCAGGGUGGAGAGUUUCAUUGAGCACCAAGAUGCUUGCACAAUAAGGCGAGCCCAGCCUGAAUUACAGGCAUUACAGCCGGCCUGCUCGUCUAGAACUGCCUCAAGCACCAGCCCUUCAAGUGAUGCCAAUUUUAGCAUAGCUCCGUUGCCAGGGAUACCAAUGUCAAAGGCAACCGAACCAGUUUACUUGUACUCGGAUAGAAAUGAUGCAUCUACUUCUAGUCAGCAAGAACACAAUCUUGAACUUCAGCUCUUACCAUCUUCAAGCAAUCACUUGCCAAAAAAUCCUGAUGAGCGUGAUGCCACAAAUUUGAAGCUUUCAAUAGGGUCGAGUGAUAGUUGCGACAAGAAUGAAUCAAACAAGGCCAGUGUGGAUCCAACUGGGCAUAAAAGUACUUCUGAUGAGCCUACACUCGAAACAGCAAAGUUAAAAGAGUCUGCAAAUGAACAGUUGAGGUUGGCUAUGACUGAAAAGGCCUAUGCUGAGGAGGCCAGACAACAAGCAAAGAGGCAAAUUGAGAUUGCUGAACUGGAAUUUGCAAAUGCAAAGAGGAUAAGGCAACAAGCUCAAGCUGAACUCGAAAAGGCUCAGGUUUUGAGAGAGCAAGCUACAAAGAAGAUUAGUUCUACCAUUAUGCAAGUCACCUGCCAAGCUUGCAAGCAACAAUUCCAAGCAUCUACGGUUGCUGCACCUGCAGACGAGACCUCUCUUGCUACGAGUUACAUGUCCUCAGCAACUACUGAAGGCGAUGGAGAGUAG